GCAUCGUCAAAUAUUUUUACUAAUCCUUAUCUGGCUUGACUCAACCUCAACGUGAGAAAUAUUGAUAUUCUUGAUAAUUUUGUCAUUUUUCCGACAGUCUGACGAGACAAGCCCACAUCGAUUGAUAAUACGCGAUUUAUAAAAUCGGUGAGAUAGCAUCAUUGGUCAGUAUGCAAGAACAGUUCAAAGGAAAGACACUGAUUUUGACGCGCGAGAUUCUUAUCCUUUAUUUCCUCUCAAUAUUACCUACAAUUUCAACAAUGGCUCUCCCAUCAGUCACCCUCAAUGAGCUCUCCGACGCCACCCAGGACAACACCAUCAACCCCAGCCCUAAGAAGGUUCUAGAAGGAUUGCUAAAUGAUUACAUGGAUUUGCAGUAUGGAAAGGAGACUCCUUACACAACUGGCAAGCAGGUAGUGCCAUCUGGAGCGUCUAUUGAGGACGUAGACAAGUCAAUAGAUGAUGAAAGUGUUGAGAAGAAGUUCAGAGAUAUCUUCGCCAAGAUAUCAGAGACGGAAAAAAGUGGUGAUCUCACCCCGCAGUCGAAGAAUGAUGGGUCUUGGGAUCCCAAGCUGUCGCCAGUCCUAGUCCUAAUUAGACCUAAUAAUUAAUUUUUAUUUGUUAUGUUUAAUGUCAUUUGAUAAUUAUUUUAAUUUAAUAUUCGAUCUUCAAUAAAAAAUAAGAUAUUAAAUAAUU